AAUUUGUAAUUGCUAAGUUUUGCUUUUGUCAUUUGUGGAUGUAUGCCUUUCGGUAGAUUUAGUUGAUUUGGUUGAAGGAAGAAUAGUUAGAAUUAGUUAUAAGAAAUUAACUUUUUUCAUGCCUACCAAGUGUUUGAUGUAUUUCCUAACUUGUGUGCUAUGCAGGUGGCAGAGCUGUCAGAACCUACUUCUCCUGAAUUGAAAGAAACAAUCCACUCUGUAGUCCAUGGUCUCCUAGCAACUCUUUCUCCAAAGAUUCAUUCUAACCCUCUAUCAGAGAAUGCCCCGUCAGGAAUGUUGAAUAUUGGGAAUGAAGAUUGUGCUGAACUCAUUGAAAAUACUUCACUUCAGUUCCAGCCCCUCAUUUCAUUAACAAGGGACUAUCUUGCUCGCUUGCUUUUCUGGUGUAUGCUCUUGGGACACUACCUGAGAGGCCUAGAGUAUCGGAUGGAGCUGACAGAACUUUUUGACAAGCAAUGAAAGUAAUGGUUGCAGUGACGAGCAAGUUUCUUAAAGCCACAUUGUUUCAUAUGCUUCCAUCUGUAAAUAAUAGAUGUAUAAACUGGUUUGGAAUCAACUUGUUUUCUAGCAUGAAGAGGCAGGAAGUGAAAUACAAGGUUAGGCCAUUUUCUCUCUUGCAGAUGGAGAGGCCUUUUAUGUGUAGAAGGAUACAAUUUUUCUCUUGUUUAUCUCGAGUGUGCCACAGGAUUAUAGUUU